UUUUAAAAAGACCAAGCUUAUAUUCAAAUCUUCGUCAAUACAUAAAAAUGGUUCAUACUAUUUCAUCUAGUGCAGAAUUUAAAACGAAAAUUAGUGUCAAUUCAUUAACAGUUGUUGAUUUUUUUGCAACUUGGUGUGGUCCUUGCAGAGCAAUUGCUCCUAAAAUUGAUGAAUUAUCGGAGAAAUAUAGUAAUGUUGCUUUUUUAAAAGUAGAUGUGGAUCAAUAUAAUGAUCUUGCAUCUGAAUAUGGUAUUACAGCAAUGCCUACAUUUAUUUUUUUUAAAGCAGGAACCAAAGUUGCAGAAGUUGUAGGCGCUUCAUCCAGCAAAGUAGAAGAAACUAUUAAGGCUUAUUUAUAAAAUAUUGAAAAUAUCAAUAUUUUAUAAUAAGGCCAGAACUUAUUUU